AGACGAGAAGCAGGGAUCAUGGAGACCAUUCGAGAUUCUGCCUUUGGCAAGUUGGUGCGCAUUUUCAGCGGCGGACGAUGGCUACGAUAUCCCGAAGAGACCGACCCCUGUGUCUGGACCGAAUAUCUGAAAACCGAACCCAAGCUUGAGCGGGAGCCAACGGAAACGGGCUCGGACGAAGAGCCGGACUGUUUCGGCUUGUAUAAUGUGAUGUCUCAGGCCUCGAGAUGCUCACGUCGCUUGACUUCAGCUCACACCCUCCAAGGCGACGGCAUGAAAAGGGGAACGCCGAUUGUGAUUGACUGGUCUGGACCGGAUGAUAGCGAGAAUCCGCAGAAUUGGAGCACCGAAAAGAAGGUCUUUGUGAGCGGCCUCAUUUGGCUACUCACCUUCGCGGUCUAUAUAGGCUCUGCCAUUUACACGCCCGGGAUCACCGGGGUCACUGAGCAGUUCGGUGUGAGCCGAGUAGCUGCGACUCUGGGUCUGACCCUCUUUGUGGCGGGUUAUGGUCUUGGUCCUAUGGUCUGGUCACCUUUAUCAGAACUCCCUACCGUGGGCCGCAGCCCUACCUACGUGCUCACUACCCUCGUUUUCGUCUUCUUCCAGUUUGCGGUCAUCUACGCGAAGAACUUCGGCAUGCUUUUAGCUUUCCGCUUCCUGACGGGCUUCAUCGGCUCGCCUGCCCUUGCCACUGGGGCGGCAUCACUAGGCGAUAUAUGGGAUCCCCAAGCCCGCGAUUAUAUGAUUGGGAUCUGGGGCUGUUUCGCCAUAUCGGCUCCUGUCCUGGGUCCUCUGGUCGGCGGGUUCGCCGCCCCAGUAAAAGGAUGGACGUGGACUAUCUGGCAACUUCUGUGGAUCUCAGGGCUGACUCUGGUCCUUCUUUUCUUCUUUCUCCCCGAAACCUACGCUCCGAAUAUCUUGUGGCGGCGCGCACGGCGUGUCCGCAGAGUCACUGGCAACUCGGAUUAUAUGUGUGAAGCCGAGAUCGAACUCAUGUCGGUAAAGCCGAAGGAUGUGAUAUUCGAAGCCCUCGUCCGACCCUUCGAGCUCUGCUUCCUCGAGCCAAUCGUCUUCGUCAUGAACCUCUACAUCUCGCUCAUCUACGGCAUCCUCUACAUAUGGUUCGAAGCCUACCCCAUCGUCUUCAGCGAGAUCCACGGCUUCAACGAGGGUGAAACCGGACUCGCCUUCCUCGGAAUCCUCGUCUCGACCUGCUGCUUCACCAUCCCCGGGUACUUCUUCUGGAAAUGGAAAUACCAGUCCCGCCACUUCGACGCGGACUGGAACAUCGCGCCGGAGAAACAGCUGCCCCCCGCGUGCGUCGGCGCCUUUGCGCUCCCCAUCUCCCUCUUCUGGUUCGGCUGGACCGGCAACUUCGCCUCCGUGCAUUGGAUCGUCCCCAUCGUCGGCUCCAUGUUCUUCGCCGUCGGCGCCGUCCUCAUCUUCAACGGCAUCUUCUGCUACCAGGCCCACGCGUACCCGAGAUACGCGGCCUCCGUGCUCGCGGGGAACGACUUCAUGCGUUCCUCCUUCGGCGCCGGGUUUCCUCUCUUUGCGACGGCCAUGUUUCACAAUUUGGGUGUCGGUUGGGCGUGCACCCUGCUCGGAUGCCUGGCGGUGCUGUUUGUGCCGUAUCCGUUUAUUCUCCUCCGGUAUGGCAGGAGGAUUAGGAUGGCGAGUAAGUAUGCUCGACAUGAUAUAUAGGACUGCGCUUUGCAAGCAUGUGGUAUAGAUAUAUAUGUAUGGCGAUACUAUACAGGUGAGAAUCGACUAGGCCUCAAUGC